AUGGUUCUCGAUGGAUGCACUCUUCAAAGUGGCGUCGAGAUAAAGUCAUUGUCUGGCAAUCUACGAGUAACCAGCAGCAUCAUCGAGGCAAUCGACAUCUCGGUCGAGCAAGGCACGGCAGAGUUCUCGUACGGGAAAAUGGAGGCACUUCAAAGCCUUUCAAAUGAGGGCUCUUUGUUCUUUCAAUCCAUGGAAGUAGCGUCAUCGGAAUUUGCUUUUUACUCUGGAAGUGGAAGUUUUUCGUUGGCUGAUGCACAAGGCAUGUAUUCCUUAGCAGAUUCGGGUGUGCUCGAGACGUACUGUAGCUCCAGUUCGGCAACUGAUGUGCAACCACAAUUGACGAAAGUUAAGGAUCUCCAGGAAUGUCAAGACCAAUGUGAUGCCAAUGACAAAUGCCGUGCAACCCGUUGUGGCAUUCACAGCAUUGGGACAAGGUUUUUGCCCAGUAGCAACACCAAAGGCCCCAACUACACCUCCAGCCCUGUCAACGGAAGAUGCCGAGGCUGGUGCUACACUCUAAGCUUCUGCAAUGCCUACACGUUCGAUCCUGUCACCAAAUUGUGCACGUUUUAUGACAACGCUGCAGUUACCCAAUGUAACGACUCUCCAGAGAACGCUCUCGUUGUUGAUACAAACCACAAUGAUGCGCUUGGAAGGUUCGUCGAACUUCCAGCUGGAUUGUGCUAUCCCGAAGACGACAACCGAGAACUUACUAGCAUUGGCCAAGGGGUUCAAACAUGGCUUGCAACUGCGGCUGACUGUUCUGCGCUCUGUGGUGCCUUGGCAGAAUGUUCUGCUUUUGAGAUUGAUUCUGUUUCUUCGCGUUGUCGAUACUUCUCAUGGGAUGCCGAAGUUCAAGUCUCCUCCAACUGCACCGGCAAAGCUUUCAUGUCUGUUCAAGACUCGUCCUUCCCCCUUGGCUUGAGCUCCAGUGUAAUGCGUUUUGAUUGCAGCGCUGAGCCUUCACUCUCGCAGCUAAAAGUCAAUUCAGGAGGUCCUAAAGUCUGCGAAACUCUGUGCCAUACAAAUCCCUUGUGCUUGGCCUACACCUACCAGGGAAGCAGUGCUGGAACUCCGGAUUGCUUCUUGUGGAGUGACACGAGUUACCUUGAUUGGCUGCUGAACCCUGAACGUUGCGAAGCGUCUUUCGGGGAGACCUAUCUCAUAACAAAAAGAGUCGAUUUUGUCCAAAACGACGACAUGAUUCUCCCCUGUGACAUGGAAUCGCCACUGGACGCAGUCGAAGACGCGAUUACGCCGGACAACUGCAAGGCUGUUUGCCUACGCACUGUUGGCUGUAGCACGUUCACCUUCAGCUUGGAAGAUGGAUGUCGUCUCACGUGCCCGGCCACCAACGAAGCUACCGGUUCGAAUCAAACUGUUCCUCGGGCCUUCGAGAAAAAAGAGAUAAAUGUGGAGCUGGGCUAUGUGAACUAUGUCGGCGUAACAACCUGCAUCAACGCACGACACCUACCGGACCGAAAACUGUACACUGCAGUUAGCGAGUCAACAUGUCGCUAUCUGUGCGACUUGGCAGACAGCUGCAUGGGGUAUUUUGCAAAAACAUUUUCAACAGGUGCAAGAAAAUGCUCGUUCUUUGAAUACGUAGAAACGAGAGAGUGUGAACCAAAUGAAAAACCCCGUUAUAGAAAUUUGGCGUUUCAGGGUGGAGACAAGGUAGUGUCAACGAAUGGGCUUGCAUCUGAUCCAUACGUCAUGAGCAAAGUCCCAGUCAAUCCAUUUGUGAAAGUCCAGUCCUCAGAGACUGUUUGUCCGGAUUCAAAUGCACUGAUGUUGACCCAAGCAGGCAUAUGGGAUGCGGAAGCAUGUCAAAGCCUUUGCUUGUCUCAUACCCACUGUUCUAUUGUCCAUCACGACAGUGCAACUGGGAUUUGUCACCUUUAUGACAGCGAAUCAUUCUUACAAAGCGACUGUGCUCAGCAACCCACCUCGGAGAGCUCCCUGUAUGUCUCCUAUCUUCAAUUCUUGUUCCGGGAUUCCAUUUCGUUUGCGUCAUUCGGUGCCAGCCAAGGUGAAACGAAAACGCUUUGUGUUUCGGGGGAAUCUCCGGCGGCAACUGUCACAGAUAUUCCAUCAGAGGCAGGUUGCGCGUUCUUGUGUGAGGAAACACAACCAGACUGCAAUGCAUACACCUAUGACGAAGGAGAGAAGACGUGCGAGCUCCAUCGGAACGACUUUGAAUUGUCCAAGUGUGCCUCGCGUUCAACGGUUCUCGGUGUAUCCUAUAAACGAAUGCGGUUCAGAGACUUGGAAGACGAAGAAUGCCUUUCUGGGCAAGCAAAUCUCAUCAACGGCUACUCUGGCAUCCACGACUACCCCGAAUGUGCUGCUCUAUGUGAAGCUUCGUCUGGCUGCCAAGCAUUCAAAGUGGAAGGAACAGAUUGCGCCCUGUACGACACCUCUGAAACAGGCUCCUGCCCAGGUCUGGGAGCUUCCGAAAAGUCAUUUGUUCUUUUCAGCGAAAAGCUUUACACAGGGCUGGGCCAUGCAUAUUGUCCUGCGUUCAAUACACCCAAGCAAUUGUGCGAUGAUACUACACGAUGCGAAAGUAUCCAACACAGAGUCGACGGUGUGUUGGUGGCUGAGGAUGAAGACAAAUGUGGUCUAGGAGAAGUGUGUGACAUCGAACAGGACUGCCAGAGCCCUCUGGUAUGCCAACAUGCAAGCACUCGCAAUGCCGAUUUGGGCACGGUAGCAAAAGGUGAAGCGGAAUCAACGCCGAAAAAGUUCUGCGUUCUGUCCGACGUGUCUGCUGACGAAUCGGACUGCGAGGAGACUUGUUUAGCCAAUCCCCAGUGUGUUGGCAUCUAUCGUCAAGGCAGCGCUUGUUUGGAAUUGAGAUCGGAAGAUCUUAAUCGGGUUGAACCAUCCACUCAUUGUUCUCAAGACUCGGUAGCUCUGCUACCGGUCAAGUUUCGAGAAAACCCUUAUCAAGAAAAGGAAAAAGCAUGCCUAAAUAAGCCUUUGAAUAUGGGGCCGUUCGUGCAGACCGAGCUUGCCGAUUGUAUCAAUAUAUGCAAUAGCUUCUCCCCUUGCCAACACUUCACUCAUUCAGCUGAUGGAACCUGCUCCCUUUUUGCCUCGCAAGUUGGAGAUGUCGGCGAAGAUUGUGCGUUACCACAGGGUGUCACAGCCUAUGUCAAUACAAGGUCUUUCGUUCAGGAGAUUGAGUUUAUGGGAGUCCCAGAACGAGUUUUCGCACAGGUGCAUGCCCUGUCGUAUGAUGAGUGCGCAGCAAGCUGCAGACGGCUAGACCAAUGCCUUGCCUUCAUUCAUGAAUCUGGGUGUCGUCAAAGUGGUGCGCUUGCAGAUGCAGUCGUGAAGCCAGAAAGGCUCGUGCGCUUGACGCCAAAUGGAAAUUUCAGAGUUGUAACGUUAAACUUUGACUCCACGACAGACCAACUCGAAGUUCUCGCGAGGGAAGACUUGUCAGUUGGAAAUUUCCAUGAUCAAGUUCUGGCGAUCGAGGAGUUUGAGACCGAGGGUCGUGCCCGAAUUCGAUUUCAACGUGGUGACGUUUGCCUUGAUGGAGUGGCCGGCCAGUUCGUCGAGGCCAUACCUUGCGCAGAUCGGGAUGCACAGAAUUUCUUGAUCACGAAUCGCAGUGACGGAGCAUUUCCCAUUUCACAAACAGGAGGGACACUCACUACCGAUACUGGUUGUCUCUUUGCUAACGAGGACGGGAAAAUGCGAUUCGACAUCAGCGGGUGCACUUCGAUAAAUCUGGCUUCUCGGCCAGUUCGACUGUCUCCAGGUGAUGCCAAAGGGCUGUGCCUGACGUCUCAAGGUUCUGGCUCAUCGGGCACUAUUGGUCUUGCACCAUGUGACCCUUCGGAUGAAAACCAAAAGUUCACUUAUCUAUUUGGCACGAAGCGAUGGAUACAGCAGAAGAAGGCAUUUGAGCUGCAGCUGGGAGGAAGCAGUCAAUGUUCCGGAACAAGACUUUGGCUGCGAAGAUACUCCAGCAACUUGAUGACCGAUCUUUUCCAGCAGGAAAGCGGUACACUAGUUGUCGCAGGCAGCUGCUUUAAUGAGCCAGGACAAGGAAACCUGAUCGAAGACAUGAGAGGGGAUUGGGUGGACUGCCAAGCCAGAUGCAAUGACUUGGAGGAAUGCAUAUGCUUUGAAUAUUGCCCACCUGGGAGACAAUGUGAUCACGCCCGAGACAAUGGGGAUGUUCGAGAUGGACUGCCUUUUACACAUGUGGAUCAGUGUUUAGAGUAUGCUCCGAACAAUGCGGGGACUGUGGAACUGAGGCUUGGACCUUGCAGCCCUAAUGAUGCAGGAAAAAGUGACGUUGGAUCACAGAACACGAUCAAGUUUGGUGAAGAUUGCAUGGCUUUGUCACAAGAUAAUGCUUCUGGUGAAUCUAAUGUGGUGAUGGUGCCUUGCGACUCUGAUGACCCCCUCCAGAAGUGGCACCAAGAUGCCCUCUGCCAGCUUACAACCAGAGAGAGCACACCACCUUUCAAACUAGAGAGUGCCUUUGAGGAGGGCAGAUGUCUCGCUAUGGACAGAAACAUCUUCGAUGAUUCAGAUUGUGGUAGGGAGAACAGCAUCACAUAUAGGGGUGGCGCUCCAGCUGGAACAGCGCAUUGUGACACUGCAGAUGCAAGUGUGUUUCAAUACCACUACAAGCAAUCAAAGAAGAAGCCACUUCGAUUAGCACAGGCGUUUGCUGGCAGCAAGGGCAAACGCGCACGUCCAUCAUGUGUUGUGCGAGAAACGCAACCCACAGAAAACGACAACUUCGAAGAGGUUUCUCUGAAAUGGGGACGUUGUCAUCCCUCCCCUAACCGAAACAUGUGGGCUAUUAAAAAUUUCCUCACAGGAAGCAUAUUCCAGAGUGCCAUAGCGGAUGAUGAAACCGCGGUGAAAGUGCUCAUGUUUCCUUCUCUAGUUGCAACAAAAAAGUUGUUGCAACGGAUGCCCCUGCAGAUCCUCUGCUUGCGUCUUGGAAGAAGUAUGCGAUGGGAAAUUCCGCAGUUGAGCUUUCAUCAAGCCAAGUGCGACGAUCCAGGAGAUCACUGA